CUUUCAUUACUAUGACUGAACAUUCGUCGAACCUCGGCUGAUGCCUUUGCACCGUUGCUGCCCUCUCAGACAUGGCAUAAGCAGUUUGCCCUCAUGGUCGUGCAGGGUCAACACGCUUCAAGUGACCCGACCCAAGCCUGCAUCUGCAAUCAAGGAAGUUGCCCAUGCAGGUCAUGCGAGACUGUCGACUUCAGGUCCAAGCAACCGACUCCUGCACAGUCAGUGGCGACAAUCCCAGCAUAGAUCUAGUAGAGUGACAGUCCCGAAGCUGUUGAACCCCCCAAGCAAGAGAUACAGCUCCAGUCUAUCACCAGCACCUGUUGUCAGCGAGAAACUCGACCCAGCACAAAUUGAAGAUGAGGUAGCCGCAGAAGUCGACGCCAGGUCAUCAGCCUCGGACCCGUCGCCAACGACUGCCCCGACUACAUCGUCUUCCUCCGCGCCUCGGCCGUCAGCGUCUCUUCUCGACCCAACCUCGCCGCACCACGAUCUUGCGUCCUUCCACGCUCACGCUCGCCGUACGGGCCUCGAUCCAGAAAGUACAGUCUACACCGGCACCUCCUACGAAUACCUCGCCCAGACCACCCUACGCUCUCAUGGCUUCGACCUCUUUCGUGUCGGCGGCCGAGGCGACCGCGGCGUGGACCUUAUCGGACUAUGGCACAUCCCGCGCGUCUCUAAAGUGAGUGGGCAUUGGAAAGAAUCCACCAACCGAGACGGCAAGACCGAAGUGGAGACAGACACUCUCAGAGUCAUGGUCCAAUGCAAGCGUAUGGUCGGGAAGCGCGCGAAAAUCGGGCCAAAUCUGGUCAGAGAGCUGGACGGUGCCGUCAGAGGAGCAAGAUUGGGAGCUUUGUUUGAUGCUUUGGGCUUAAAGGGCCAGGACGACACGGCAGAAGACGAGACAUCAGGUGCUGGUCCGGCGAUCGGCGUGCUCGUAGGUACGAAGCCCGCGACCAAGGGCGUGCUCGAUACGAUGCGCCGUUCGAGCCGGCCUCUGGCGUGGAUUAUGAUGGAGGAAGUCAGCGGCGGAUCCGACACUACUACUGCCCUAGACGAGAAGGCGUCAGAGGCUGCGAGCAGUGUCGGCUCCGUGGAUGACAAUGCACGACGGGACACAUCUUCGAGCUCGAGAGAACCGAACGACCAAGCCGCAUUAGCAUUGGACUCGACCAAUGAAGCACUUUCCGACGUCGACCCAGAUGUCGACGCCUCCUAUGCUGCGCAGGCUUUUGCUCCACCAAGCCUUAAAGGCCGCAUCAAGCAGAUUCUCUGGAACAAGGCAGCGGGCGACCUGGGACUAGGCGAUGUGCACGUCGUCCAACGCUACGACGCAUCAGGACGGGAAGAGGUGGUGCUCAUGCGAGGAGGGCGAGUUUGGGGUGGUUCUUGACUAGGUAUACUAUCUUCUUUUUUGUCAGACUUAGGGUCGAAAGACUGGCAGGCAUACUCCAUCCUCAGCGACGAGGAUAGAUAUCCAUCGGGUAUGGAAAAGACUAUACAGGGCCAUGUCUCGUUCCAUCUUGUAAACGCCGAUAGCACAAAACAAAUGCACUUCAGAG